GCAGUCGACUAGUUUGCCAGACUCCGAUGCACACAGUUCUUUACUUGAUCAACGACAUGCUGUCGACAACACUCGUGAAUGGAGUGACCGUUGGCAGAGCCAAGGGGGCGACCGGCCCGCCCAAUCAUGGGGAAAUGGUUGGGAUAAAGCUGGUCGCUGGGAGAAAGGCUACCAGCACGGCGACCACGAUCGACGCGGCAGCUGGGAAUCUUCUACCGCUGAAGAGUCUUAUCGCGGUGGACACUGGAGACCAGACGAUCCCUGGAGCGACGGCAGGGACCCCUGGUCGCAGAGCGACCACCACGAUGGGUGGCGACGACUUCAUGGCGACCGAGGUUGGCGUGGACCGCAUCAACCUCCCGCGGCGGAUGGUCGAGCUAGCGGAACUCAAGGUGGCGAUCCUGGAGACCAUCAUCGCGGACGAUGGAGCAAUGGAGUGGACGAAACAGGGACUCGUGCUCUAUCAGAACCUGACGGGCAAGGCUUGGGUUGCAGCUGAGGAGCUUUCGGUUAGCCGAUUGGGUUCCAGUGGUGGUGUGGAGUACUUCGUGGCAUGGCUGAAUGCAAGGUUUCUGGAUCUUGAGGUUGCACGAAUCGGGAGAGCAUUCAGUGACUUCUUCAGAAAGCUUAGACGGCGCAAUGGACAAAGCAUCCGGGAGUACAACAGCGAGUAUGACAGGCUACACGCUCGUCUUCGAGAAGUCGGAUGCUGCUUGCCGCAAGAGUGCGCUGCAUGGCUAUAUGUAGACCGACUACAACUAGACGAACCACAAGAGCUUAACCUACUUGCCAGUGUCGGGAACCAGUACAACCUCCUCAAGCUUCAACAAGCUGCUGUGCUACAUGAUAGGAGCCACAGAAAACCAUGGGAAUCCAAAGCAAAGCGGCCCUACACAGCCCACCUCACCGAAGACGCGGACGGCGAUGAUGCUGGCGAGGACCGCGAUGACGCCUUCGAGCACUCCGAGGGCGAGGAGGGCAUUCCAGAGGAGGUGGCGGUUGCGUACGCCACCUACCAGAGCGCGAAAGACAAGUAUCGCGAGCAGGCGAAAGCUCGCGGUUACCAUGGAGAUCGCGGAGGACCGAAUGCCGGCAGAGACAAGGGCCCUGGGAACGGCGCGAGUACUUCGCGCGACGACAAGAUCAAGCUGAUGAAGGCGAGAUCGUACUGCAUGAGCUGCGGCAAGAAGGGUCAUUGGCACAAAGACCCAGAGUGCCCCAACCGAGGAGCCAAGGAGGUCGAGAUGUGCCAUCACGUGCCCUCCGAGGUCUAUGCGCUCAGGCACGACGGGCCCAUCCUUGUCGGUAUCACGGACACUGCUUGCGCUAAGUCGGUCGCAGGCACGACUUGGCUCCAGAGCUACAGCGACCUUGUGAAGGACUCGCUGGGGAAACCUGAGUUUGUGAGGGAAUCCGAGGCGUUCAAGUUUGGCACGGGCAAGGUGCAUCACUCUGCCUUCUACGUCCUCGUGAAGUUCAAGCUCGGGGAUAAGGUGGUUGAAAUGAAGACGUCAAUCAUCAAUGGCGACAUCCCGCUCCUUUUGUCGAAGGGGGCACUGGCCCAGCUUGGGAUGGUGUAUGAUGUUGCCGCCAACCGUGCCAGCUUCAACAAGGUUGGAUUGGCGAACUUCGAUCUGGUGACUACCUCUUCUGGUCACCCUGCCAUACCGAUAGCCCCGCCUAGGUCAGAAGACGACGGCGCAAAGCUCGUCAUUUCGGACUCAGCAGCCUCGAUUGCUCGUGCAUACAUGGCGUUUGCAGUUGCGUGCCCUAAGACCCCUCACCUCGACCUCUACGACGACCCCAGGGCUACAUCUUUCGUGUCAUGGUGGGAGAACACCAAGAUCACUACCGAUUUUUGGUUGGAGAGCGAAUUUGCAUGGCAUAGGUCCGCAUCACUGAGGGAUUCUGCUGUAAGAACGGGAAGCCUCUCGAGAUCAAUGUGGAUAGGUGGAGUCGUAAAGGCGGCGAUCAGAGCUUCGAGAUCCUGUGGAUUGGCAGAAGCACUUUUGCUAAGCGACCUUGUAGCUCGCCACUACCUUCUCCCGCCCAUCCUCUUCGAGGGCAUGGAUGCGCCAUGCAAGCCGCCGGCCAUCUCCAAGAUGACGAAGGUGCAGCUGUUGGAGGAGUGCACGCGAGUGGGCCUGGUGGUACAUCGCAAUUGGUCGGUAGAGGAGAUCAAAGCGGUGAUCCAAGAGCACCGCAUGGCCAGUUCGACGACGUCCCCCUCCUACCAGAUGAAGUCCAUCACGAAUUUGACCUUGCCGGAGCUCAAGAUGAAGGCCGACGAGCUCGGUGUGCUCUACCCUGCGAAGAUCACCAAAGGGAACCUCCUAAGGCUGGUACGAGAUCAUGUGGCCACCCCGGCCACAGAGCUGAUGAAGAUCGGGCGCUACACCGGCUGGGAGUAUGGCGAGAUUCCUCGGCAAUACGGGAUGUGGGCAGCAAGGGAGAUCCGCAUGAGCGGGAACCCCCAUCCGGAGUUGGUGCGCUUCGCUCAGUGGUGGGAGAACAAGGAGCACGAGACCCACUACGGCACCAGCGUCACCUUCGAGGAGAAUGCGACCGUGCCCUACCAGCCGGAGAACGAGACGGUGCACAAGCGCACGUCACCGAGCACGGGAUCCCACGAGGAGAUGGACGCCGAGAUCGACCCCCGCACGCUGGAGGAGAUUCAACAACUGGAGGCACGGUUGGCUGUCUUGAAGGACAAGGCGAAGGCAGCCCCCGCAACGCCAAAGAAGUAG